CGCGGUCACAUGACUGGUAGCGAAGUCCCAGCAGCGGUGCAGAAACAGAGGCAGUGGCAAGGAGAUAGGACUGAUUCGCAGGUUUCUGGUGUCGCCUUAGCAGACUCCUGAGUUAUGGCUUCGGCUUCUAUACCAGCAUAUAAUUCAAACUCCCUGGAAAACAAUUCCAGUAAAAAUGCCUCAAGGGAAAGUCUGAAAAUGGAAACACUAGCAGAUGUCCCCCUUUUGCCUGGAGAAGAAAGAGUUAUAGACAAAGACAUCAUCUAUAUUUGUCCUUUCAAUGGAGCAGUAAAAGGGAAAGUGUUCAUUACAAAUUACAGACUUUUCUUCAGGAGUAUUGAAGUGGACCCCCCGGUGACUCUUGACGUGCCUCUCGGAGCCAUCAGCCGCGUGGAGAAGAUGGGAGGCGCAUCCAGCAGAGGUGAAAACUCCUAUGGCCUGGACAUCACCUGCAAGGACAUGAGGAACCUGAGAUUUGCCCUGAAACAAGAAGGACACAGCAGAAGAGACAUAUUUGAAAUCCUUUUCCGAUACGCCUUCCCCCUCUCUCAUGGUCUGAUAUUAUUUGCGUUUCUAAGCCAGGAGAAGUUUCCGGAAAAUGGCUGGAAUGUUUACAAUCCUAUGCAGGAGUAUCGCCGGCAGGGAUUACCCAACAAAACAUGGAGGAUAACCUUUCUGAACAAUAAUUAUGAGCUGUGUGACACAUACCCCACGAUCCUUGUUGUGCCUUACACCGCCUCAGACGAGGACCUACGAAAAGUGGCUGUGUUUCGAUCCAGGAAUCGGAUACCGGUCCUGUCCUGGAUUCACCCGGAGAACCAGGCGGUGAUCAUGCGCUGCAGCCAGCCCCUAGUGGGCAUGAGCGGCAAGCGCAACAAGGACGACGAGCGCUACCUGGACACCAUCCGAGAGGCCAACGGGCAGACCAGCAAGCUGACCAUCUUCGACGCCAGGCCCAACGUCAACGCCGUGGCCAACAAGGCCACCGGAGGAGGGUACGAAGGAGACGACGCCUAUCAGAAUGCCGAGCUGGUCUUCCUGGACAUCCACAACAUCCAUGUCAUGAGGGAGUCCUUGAAGAAGCUGAAGGACAUUGUCUAUCCCAACGUGGAGGAGUCCCACUGGCUCUCCAGCCUAGAGUCCACGCACUGGCUGGAGCACAUCAAGUUAGUCCUGGCUGGUGCUAUCCAGGUGGCAGAUAAGAUUUCGUCUGGGAACUCCGUGGUGGUGCACUGCAGCGAUGGGUGGGACCGCACAGCCCAGCUCACCUCCCUGGCCAUGCUGAUGCUGGACAGCUUCUACAGGACUCUGACCGGCUUUCAAGUGCUGGUCCAGAAGGAGUGGAUCAGCUUCGGUCACAAGUUCAGUUCUAGAAUCGGUCAUGGUGACAAGAACCACGCAGAUGCAGACAGGUCUCCGAUUCUGCUCCAGUUUAUCGACUGUGUAUGGCAGAUGACCAAGCAGUUUCCCACAGCUUUCGAGUUCAACGAGCAGUUCCUGAUCACCAUUCUAGACCACCUUUACAGCUGUCGAUUUGGAACGUUCUUGUACAACUGUGAAAGUGCAAGAGAUGCCAAUGAAGUGAAAACGAAGACGGUCUCUCUGUGGUCUAUGAUCAAUAGUGACAAGUCGAAGUACUUGAAUCCCUUCUACACAAUGGAGUGCAACCGGGUUCUAUAUCCUGUAGCCAGUAUGCGCCAUCUAGAGUUGUGGGUGUCUUACUACAUCCGGUGGAAUCCACGAAUAAGACAGCAGCAGCAGAACCCAGUGGAGCAGCGCUACAGGGAGCUCCUGGCACUGCGCGAUCAGUACCUCAAGAAGCUGGAGGAGCUGCAGCUGUCCGACUCUGGAAGGAUCGCCAACAAUUCCACCAGCUCUCCCGCCUCUCCCACCCAGAUCGUCCAGCACAUACAGACUCAGUUCUGAGAGGAGACCCCCGCCCCCCAUCCGUCCUCAGGGAGUGUGUAGAUGAAAAUGCAAUAAGUCACAAUACAGCCUUCACGUCACUAGACUGUUUCAAAGCCUUAAACUCAUUUCCUCGGGGGCAUCUUGAAGUGAAAGCUCAUAGCUCUUCACGUGGCUCAAAGCUAUUCCCACACCUUUUCGUCUCAUCCUGAAUUUAGUCAUUUACACUUUGAAGCGAAAUAUUAAAUUUGUCUUCCAGUAAUCAGAGACGCAGGCUAUAAGGCUGGAUGGGAUAGAAGUAAUUAACGAGGAGGGAAGAUUGCUAAAUGUUCACGUGUACAGAUGUGUAGUACAGUGCUGCACAAAAGUGUCUUUUUCUGGAUUCGAACACGACGGAUCAAAUAGGGCUGUUGGAGGAGGAGACCGAACGCUUAAAAAUGCCUCCUUGAAUUUCAAAAACAAGAAAAAGAGUGUGAAUGCUUAACGGUAACGUCAAAACCACGCAGUAAAAGUUAUUUGCGCUGCUUGCCGGGAGAAGGGAAUGCUCUGUUUCACCAUUCUCCUACCUGUUGAUGACCAGCAAGCCUGAAAAAUGAAUCUAUGCUUCCUUCACUUGACAUACGCUUCCUGACUGCUCCUGGAAAGAGCUGUUCGGGAUUAUGGGGCACUCCUGUCUGGCAGCUCACUGUUCGUUGGGGAAUUUAUCAAGUCAAUCCGAAGAGCCAUCAGCUUUUAUUGUAAAGACGUCUAGGAUCUGGGUUACAUUUAUUCUGUGCCUUGAUUAUCUUGGGGGAUCCACUGAAAAUAGAUUAUCCUGAUGGAGAAAUUCAAUGAGGAACUGUUUCAGAAAAACACACUGCUGGCUGGAAAGGAUUUCCCAAUGAAGUGUAACCUGUUAUUUGUACUGCUUACGGUAAUAUGAAUGACUGAACUUCAUCAGCAUUUGAAGACUGUAACACGAGCAUCUGCUGUUGAACUGGAGAAGGCAGCAUCACUGCAAUUAUUUUGGAAAAAUGAUUUCUGUACUUUUUUUUUUAAUUCACACGUACAGUAACUCUGUAAUUACCUCAGAAAGCCUAUUUUACUGUUUGAAUUUCUAUAGUUUGUUGUAAAAUAUAAUUAUUUUAUUUAGUGUAAAGCUCGGCUGUUUUAUAAGAAGAAAGAUUUAAAAAAAAAAGUUGUUCUUUAAAACAAAAAUUUCUUUUGCCUGCUUUUUGUUUUACUCGACAGAUUUCAUUUCUGUUUUUCUUGUUGGCAUUUUCAUCGUUUUGAAUCAGAUAUAUGGCUGGACUCCGGUGAUUUUUUUUUUUAAUUUGAGGAGAACAGCAUCUUUGACUUCUUUCUUAGAUAGUUUUCUUUAUUGGUUUUAACAUGUAUGUCUACAAUAGGAUUCUAGUUACAUAAGCUUCUGUUUUAUCUUAUAGAGAAAAUUAAACUAUAUAUAUAUAUGCUCUAAUGUUAGGUAGUCCUCAAUUCUGUAAAUAAUUCUAAUUAAGUUAAAGUUCAGAAACCUAGCUUGCGUGAUUACCUUGAGGAGCUGAAGCUUUAUGGCUGUAGAGAUCCAAGAGGCCCAGACAAGUGUACCGUAGAGGACCCUUGAAUACCAUAACUGCUUUUUUUAACCUCCUUCUCUUCAAAAAUAAAAUCUGCUGUCUUUUAUGCACUGAUCUUUAGAAUGCUUUAGGUUAAGCAGCAGAGACUUUGUACCGAUUGUGAUGUAAAUGGAGUAUUUGUAAAACUGCUGCCAAAUUAAGAUAUUAAUUUGUUUGUCUCUCUAUUUUUUUUGUGGGGGAGGAAACACAGAGCAAAAUAACUGGUAACUUUUUGAAAGGGUUUACCUUCCUAAAACUUAAACGGAUACUUGAGGAACAGAGACCCGAGUGAGAACUAUCAGGUUGUGACUGAACUUUGCUCUGCAGUCUUUUCUCCGUCCCUCAGACCAGGGUAGUUGUAAUACCAAGAUGUACCACAUUGGGGGGGAUUGUUUAAGGACAUUAACAUUUUUUAUUCCUGAAAGAGGGGAAGGGGAAAUAAACAGUUCACAGAAAGAA